AUGCUCGAUUUGCAUAACUUUUCGUUUAAUGAUCCUCUUCUCUCUUUUAUUUUGGAUCUUGAUAAUAUAAACCCUAUAGUUACCAAUUUAUUCACACAAGACGAGAUUAACAGAAUUGCUAAUAUUGACUGUUUCGUAAAAUGGCGAGAAUUUGAAGAAUCAUUUAUUUCCUGGACAAGAAAGUUGGCGUCAAAAGAAACUGUUGAAAUUCCGAAAUUAAUAAAAAAAGAAGAAUCUAAAAACCCCGGAAGAGGGAAUGAAAAAUGUUCUAAAGACUAUGACACUUGGCUUCGAGAAAUGAAUGCGACCGAUAAAGCCAAAUAUCAAACCAUGUUUCAAUCCUCGCAUAACAUACCAGACUGGGUAGUGACCUACAAUAUUGAUUCUGUUCCGUAUGAGUUUUGUUAUGGCGAAUCAGCAGGACCAAAUCAGAGGGUGAUCGACGGAAAGGGAUUCGUUUUUGUUGUCGAAACAUUAAGACGUGAGUAUUCCACGUGUAUUUAUGCUAUCAUACGGAGAGCGAUAAUUUCAGCUAUAAAUGAUUGGAAGACGCUUGAAAAGACCUUAAACGAUAUUAUGGAUCCUCGUACACUACAAAUUCAUAUUAUAAAAUCAAAUGAUGACGAUGCGAUAUUCCCGUCACCAAAUAAAAGGGUAAAGUUAAUAUUAUAA